AAUUGCAGUCCUGAGAAAGAUCAAGCAUGAAAAUAUAGUUGCCCUGGAAGACAUCUAUGAGAGUCCGAAUCAUUUAUAUCUGGUCAUGCAGUUAGUGUCCGGGGGAGAGCUUUUCGACCGCAUUGUUGAGAAAGGUUUCUACACUGAGAAGGACGCCAGCACCCUGAUCCGGCAGGUCCUGGAUGCCGUCUACUACCUGCACCGAAUGGGCAUCGUGCACAGGGACCUCAAGCCUGAGAACCUGCUUUACUACAGCCAGGAUGAAGAGUCAAAAAUCAUGAUCAGUGACUUUGGAUUGUCAAAGAUGGAGGGUAAAGGGGAUGUGAUGUCCACAGCCUGUGGAACUCCUGGCUAUGUUGCUCCUGAAGUGCUGGCCCAGAAACCUUACAGCAAAGCCGUGGACUGCUGGUCCAUCGGGGUCAUCGCAUACAUCCUGCUCUGUGGGUAUCCUCCUUUCUAUGAUGAAAAUGACUCCAAACUCUUCGAGCAGAUCCUUAAGGCGGAGUAUGAGUUUGACUCUCCGUAUUGGGAUGACAUCUCUGAGUCUGCUAAAGACUUCAUUCGGAAUUUGAUGGAAAAGGACCCUAAUAAAAGAUACACCUGUGAGCAAGCAGCACGACACCCUUGGAUUGCUGGUGAUACAGCGCUCAACAAAAACAUUCACGAGUCGGUCAGCGCUCAGAUCCGGAAGAACUUUGCAAAAAGCAAAUGGAGACAAGCGUUUAACGCCACAGCAGUCGUGCGACACAUGAGACGGUUACACCUCGGCAGCAGCCUGGACAGCGCGAGCGCCAGCGUGUCAAGCACCCUCAGCCUCGCCGCGCCACUUCCUGAUGCAGCCACACGGAAAGAUUCUUUGAUUGUUGAUUUUUACCUCCAGAGUCACAGAGGCCAUCUCUGAUGCCAACAGCAGUGCUCUUACUGGGAAAACAAAAUCCAGAAAACCUCCAGCUGGCCCCUUAGCCUGCAGAAGAAGUUGUGAGGACAGGCUGCCCGUGAACUCUGCGAGCUGAAAGUCAGUAUUGCAGUGGCAGGGGCUUCCGCUGCUGAUUUUGCAUGUGACUUCAUUCCCAGUGCAUCCUAACUUUCUGCUGGAUCACCCCUUCUACAGCACGAAACGGAUAUUGGCCCCACGGCACGGCUAGUGGGGAAGUAGGAUUGUGGGGAAAACCUGGCAGUAAUGCUUUCCUGAGACUGUGUUACUCUGCUGGUGAUGUCUUGUCUGUCCUGGUUGCUAUUGUACAGGUGCCAUUAGAGUAGUGGGUGCAGAAAAAAAAAAAAAAAAAAGUAGGAUUUUACCUAUGCCUUGUGUGUCUGUUAUGGUUGUGGUGCUGAAAUAAAACCAAGCAAUGAUAGAGGUCCGUUCCUGACAUGAAUCAAAUCACAAAAAGGGAUGUCAGCCCACUGGUAGACAUCUCCAUGUAGUUCUGCAGUAGACAUUAGAUAGGGGUUUCCACUGUGCAUGUGUCCUGCAUACCUCCAUGCCUAUUGACAGUAUUUUUACUAUACCCAGUUCCCCUUCUGGGCUCCUGCCUGGUCCUGAGGGACUUCAAGGCUUGUCCUGAGCUUUUCCCAGCCCCAGAAGACAACACAUCCCCUAAUCUCUGGCUUUUCUCUCCAAACCCUCUGCAAACCAAAACAUGACCCUUCAGGGUGCCCCAAGAAAUGUAGUGGCAGCUGGUCCUGAGGCUGCCCCUUCCUUAAGUGUGACCCUAUUUUUAGUCAAACAAGCCCCCAGGGAAAGCCAGAUAACUCUCAGCCAUUGGUGAGUGGGCAGAAUAUUGUGCUUUUGAGUGAACUUGGCAUUAAUUAGAUCCGAUAUAGGGAAACCUGUGCUGUUAUUUCCCCCUGUCAUAAUGACUCCAGCCCUGCACAGCGCUGGGUGAGCACCGCAUAGAAACACCAGAUUGACUUUGCCAACAAGUUCGUGCAGACUGUAGCCUGUUGCUUUUGCUCUUUCCAAAGAGUCGGGGGAUUCAUCUACUGGCAAAAUAACAGUUUCUAGACUGAGCCCUGAGGUACAGAAGUAUCUUCCUUUCAGUGUAUGGAAAUUCUCAUUUAAUGGGAUUACUUGCAUUCUUGCUCCCAUGCGUCUUUAUCCAUCUGAAUUGGGGCCUGAAUGCAACCCAGAAAUUAUUCAUGGGAAGGGAGUCUUGCCAUCGUUAUCACGCUUAUUUGCACCAGAAAAUUGAUGCUGAGAAUUAUAAUCAUUCAAGCAAAGAGCGGAAACACACACAAACUGCAGCAUCCAAGGAAAACAGCAUCAAAACUGAACAUGGAGCACUAGUUGGCAAAUCACUGUGAGCAAUGGCUGAGUGAGGCAAUGGCAGCCUGCUCGCAAACGUUGCACAAAUGGAGUUUCCCCUGGUAAACAGUCAUUCCAGAUUUCUUGCCCAGCAGCAAGUUUUACACAAUCCCCUUCAUUUUUUCCCGCAUCCCUGCAGCAGGGUCCUGCCUUCCCAUCCUGUCUGCCAGGGUGGUCUGGUCUCCAUGACACACAUGUGCGUGCGUGUGUGUGUGUGUGAUGUGUGUGUGUGUGUGUAUGUUGUGGCCCCAGGGAUCACAGAUCCCACUGGUGGGAGAUCAGGAGUUGGUUCUGGUUUUUUGGUCCGACUUUUCAUGGUUGGAUCAAAGCUGUGUAGUGUUUGUAACGGAGGAUAAAGGCUGUUUAACCCAGACUCUGGUUUUCAAGGCCCCUUCCCCACCAUGAACCGUGCCACUGAUCUGUCCAGGUAGCUAUUUUUUUCCUCUUCUUCAUAAAUGAUAAGGUCAGAAGAGCAGGUCUUACGUUUUUUCCAUACUCCAGAGUGGAAUCAGGGCAUGUACGCUCGCAAGCAUUGUGAAAAAACACUGCUGAACUAAUUAUGACAUCAAAUGUCAAAUAAAUGCAUGAUACUGCACUGCAUGUAUUAAACUGCUGUUCACUGUUUCUGUAUUUCCCAAGCCUUUUCUUUAUGCACAUUCAACCCAACCUUUUCUUCAAGGGAUUUACUUCUACGUUUUGCUUUUAAAUGACUCAGUGUUUUUGUAACUCAAAAUCCAUCGUUAAGUUUGAGUAAAUGCAAAAGGUGAUGUUUUGUAAACAAGAUACUGCAAAGCCUGGUAAUGUAUUUUGUCUUUCUGUUGAAUGCUCUGCAGCAUGUACAGGAAGAGUCACCAUCCAGAGCAGCUUAAAACUAUGCAGCAGUCAUGUACACACGUCUAGAAACAGGGAGUCGGGGAGGGGAGGGUCCCUUUUUUAAUACAAUGCUUAAAAAAUUGAUCCACGUCAGAAAUUCCUUCUCUGAGUUGCUAAUGCUCAGGAUUACCAAGAACCAUGUUGGUGUGUCUAUUUUUUUUUUCAUUUGGUUCAUUUUUCUUAGUCAGAACUUAGACUGGUUCACUCAUGAUUUUUCUCUUCCUGCAAGAUAUUUUUUUCUCACCUGUUGCAGAACGAACUGCAUUUUGGGGACCAAGAUGCUGUGAUUAUUUGCCUGUGCAGAGUAGGGCAGAGAGCUAAGCUAAUUAUCCCAUCAUUUCUAAAGCAUCACCACCUUUUAGCAUAGCAUUUAAUCCAUGAACCUCCACAUAGUACCACCGUUUAUCCGUGGAAGAGCUUGGUGUUCUAGUUUUCCUUCUUCCACAUGGAAAUCAAGCCCUGGCUUUCUCCUCCCUUAAUCAUUGACCGAUUUUCAUUUGUGCUGGUCUUUCUAAGGCAGGGUACAGGAUGGCCAUACAGUACUUGUAGUACCUCUGGCCCAAUCCUCAUGCGGGCAUCAGCAGGGUAUUGGUCCCAGCUCCUGAGUGGUUGCUGUGUUAGUGUGGAAGAUACUCAAAGUAAAACCAUCUGAAAGGGCUGGGAAAUUGCUCUGGUUUCCUAGCAAGGACAUGCCAAGCAUGGGGCUUGAGAGAAAGCACCAUGCCAGUGGCAUAGGGAGCAAGUCUCAGUCUUCGGAAAUUAUGCAAGGGAUUGCUGUGGUGGCUGAAAGCACCAAGAAGGCUUCAGCCCACCUUCAAGGCUGGUGCUGAGCCAGGAUGCUGUGCCAUUGCCAAAGCCCAUAAAAAUUCAUCAUUAAUAAUGGUUGUAAAUCAGCCUGAGUUCAGAUUGCUGAGGCAGCAUGUGGUGCAGGGCUCCAUAAGGCGGUGGAUGUGUGCUGUGAUUUCUGGCGGGUGAGAGGUCCUAGGGGAGUGCUCAGGGUAGCUCCGAGCUUUUCCAUCUCUCAUCUGCAUCCCCUGAGCCCAGCAUGGUAUCACACAUGCUAUGUCUUACUAGAUCAAGCUGUAGCCUGUCUCCCAAACUGAAGAGUAUGGAAAGUUGUAGCUCAGUGUAUCAGGAGAUAUGGUGUGGGUCAUGUUUCUGGUCAAUGCAAUGUCAGCAUCCUGUUCUACAUCAGCCUCUAGUUGAGAAAUAGCAUUUUGGUCAGUUUGGGCCUUUUUCUAGAUAGGUAUUUGAUUUGGGUCAGCAAACAAUGAAAAAAAGCCAAGUUUGUCCAGACUAGUGACUCCCCAAAUAUCCCCAACUGUAAAACAUCUCUCAGUUGACUUUUAAUGAAAAUGCAAGCAUGUUUUCUACAAAGGCUUAAAUCUUAAUCAAGGAAUGUCAGUGUGCCUAAUAUUGCAGGUCUUGUGAUUGAUACAAGUUCAUAACAGCAUCCAUGUCCAAACAGAAGAGAGAAUGUGUAUUUACUCCAUGCAUGUAUUAAGGCAUUGCAAAAGUUUUAUCUGCAUAAGUUUGCAAUACUGCAAAUUGUUAAUGGGGCUACAUCGCAAGUGGUUCUCUGCCUUGACAAUCAUGUAUACAUAUCAAGAUUUCUAUCAUAAUGACAAUUUAAAGGGAUGACUAAUUGUUUUCCUCCAAUAAAUCCAAUUAAAUCACCC